AAGAAAGCCCGCGCUUCAAUGUCGAUACCAAUGUGAAUGGAAUGAAUCAGAACCACAACAAGAAAGAAACAGCAAGACAAGAGCAAGAAGCGGUAAUUCGUUUAAAAGGAGAAAGGAGACUUCCAACUGUUGUUAUCGUUGACUCAGAAAUCACGUCAUCCAUUUUUUUUAAAGUUUUGUAUUAUAUGCGGGCUACGACAGUUGCCAAUAAGUACAGCUCUCAAUAUUUGUUUCUGUAUCAUGGGCAUCAUAACCUUACACUUUUAAUGUUUUCGGCUAAGUAAUUGUAAUUUUUGAGCACAUGCAUGUCUGGAAAUCGCUUAUAAACUCUUUGAAAGUUUUCUAUGAAUUGGCUUCACAGUUUGACCAAAAUCAUAAAUUAUUGAAUGUUAGCGUAACAUACGGUACAAUCUUCACACUAUGGAUCAAAUCUCACAUCGUAUGGCUGCGACUGUGCAGCAUUUAGACCCCCUAUUAAAUAAAAUGAAAGAUGGAUGUACUAAAGAAACAGCGGCUAAGAUUAAAGAUGUCAUAGUUUCAGUCGACACAUUCUCCUUACAAAAACUUCAUCCAUAUAUUUUGGCUUCUAUCCUGGGAGAGAUUGUAGAUCCGAAUCUAAGCAAAGAGACAAAAACAAUUCUAUUAGAUUCUGUUCAUGAUGUGUUGAACCGCACCUCACUACAGACAGUAACUAUUGUAAAAAAUAUACUGAAGAUGUUAAUGAUGGAAAUAUUUGACAAGAACUCACCCAAUAUGAUUAAAAAUGUUCCGGAAGAGAUGAAGCUCAGUGUGAUGAACUGUGCAUUUGGAGCUAUUAAAAAUAUGUCAAAUGAUCUUCAAGAAGCAUUCUAUGUGAAGGAUAAUGUUCCUGACAUUUGUCAGAUAGCAUACACUUGCCUUGAACUGGCUGCAUCGGAGAGAUUACGAGUCUUGAGGGUUCGAGCAAUGGAGGUUGUUUUGGUGCUGCAGCAAGUGCCUCUUGAUGGUCCUGACAAGAGAUCACCAUGGGAACGUCAAGAAGUCGCUGACAUUUUUCAGUUUAUUCUACCUGGAGCUUGUACUAAGCUAAUGUCUAUUGUGUGUGGGGACAUCACUCAAGGAAGUAAAGUGCUAUCUACUGCCAUAUUUACUGUUAGUACUAUGAUUGCUCUUGUAAUGGAAGAUUAUGCAACUUCCGAUGAAAACGAUACAUCUAAAAUGAUGGAAUCACUUCUUCAAUUAUCUGAAGAGUCUGGUUCUCCUGAUCAUACCCCAGACAUCUCUCAGGCACAACCAACACAAAAAAAAGAUUUUAAAAAAGAAAUUGAGUCUUCCAAAGGCCGCACCCUUGAAGUCAGGAAGAAAAUGGCACUCAACUUAAUGCCUCAUCUGACAAAAAUUGCAGAGCACUGUGAGCACUCAGAUGCAAAAGUAUGCAGAGAAGUUGUGCGUGCUUGUACUUUAAUCCUUAUAAGGAGUCCUAGAUCACUGAAAGAAGGUCUUGGGCCUCUUUUAGAUGCAGUUGUAACCCUAUCCGUUCAUGAGGAUGACAAAGUGAGGAAUGAAAGUCUCUCUUCAAUUGAGCAACUUAAUAAAUUCUUCUCCCAUCAGAACGGCUAUGAUUUUCUUCAGCUUGCAGAGGAAAACUUUUACAUGUUACUCACAAGACUUCCUCGUCUUGUUCAAAAAGAUGGUGGGGCAUAUGGAGCUUCUUCAGUAGCUCUGCUUUCAGGCUAUGUUCAGCUUUUGCGUCCCUCUAUGAGGAAUGUCUUAAGCAGCUCAGCUCAUCUUCAAAGAUUGACUCUCUCUUUGCUUCAUGUUCUUACACUAGAAUGUUCUAACAUUAGUGUAGGCAAUGAAUAUUCUAUGAGGCAACUGACAGCUGAACGGUGUAAUAAUUUAAAUGUACCUUGGAUGAGACUCCGAUUCAGUUCUGAUUUUGCCGUUCUGUCUAAUGUUCUACAACUUUGUGAUAUUGUUGCUGAAAAUUCAAUUAGAGUUUUUGAACUGCUGAGCUCACAGCUUUUGGAUACUCUGCAUUCUGUAACACAUUUUCGGAAAGAGUGUAUUCUUUUAUUGAAUAUUCUUUUGCUGUCAGCCUGCAAAGUGAAAAAUGACAAUGUUUAUGAGUUUGGUACUUCUUUGCUGGAAUCAUACUUGGCUCCUGAAUUGUGGCCAGCCAAAGAAAAUUCAAAAUCUGUCACAACUGUCAGCAGGAUUCAAGAAGACAUUGCCAUGACAUGCUUAUUGACAGAGGGCAUUGGGGCUUGUAUUUUGGCCGUGGGCAGAGAUAAAGCUCAGACCCACCUCUUGCGAGUGCUCUACCCGCUUCUUGAGCAAGCCGGAUCUGCAAACAGCUGUACGUCGCUUGCGGGUCGUCGAGCUCUCACUCGAGUCGCCGAGGCGUGUGGUUUUGACUCGGAUUUGGUGGCACUUAUUUCCAACAACAUGGAUUACUUGUCGCACUGUAUGAGCAUACGACUUCGCCACUUAGACAAACAUAUGGGUGUUUUUGAUGCCUUAAGCUUAGUACUUCAACACUCGUCACCUGAAAUUGCUCUGGGGUUGUAUAAUAUAGUCCUAAAUGUGCUUCAGCAAAGUAGUGAUACUUCACAAAGCAAAAAUAAUGAGGCUCAUCUUCGCGUUUUCCUUACAUUUGCUAUUGGAGUUAAUCAAUGGCUGAAACCCAGUGGAAAUAGCUCAGCCUCUCCUUAUUUAGGGUAUCAAAAUAUAAAAGCCGAAAUGUCUGAUGGAAAUGCUAAUGAAGACUGUAAUUUUCCUGCCAUUACCAUCUGUGAAACAGAUAGAAAGUGGACAGCUGUUGAGAGAUUAAAAGUAUACCAACAAAAUUUAAGGACUGGUGUAGAAGAUAGUGAAAAUCUAGAUGAGGUAAAGAGAGACGCUACUGAAGAAUUGCCUGAGGAGCUGCAGCCCCAUAAUUUGGUGGAAGAAAUGGAAGAUGAUAUUGCAAUGGAUGUGGACUCUGAUAAGAAGGAGGAGAUUCCAGAAUUAGCAAAGCUUCUUGUCUUAGUCCUGAAAAGGUGUCUCCAUUUCCUACCCAGUCAAAUAGUCGACCAUCAAUUCCUGUCAAUAAAGACUUUAGAUGUUGGUCUACAAGCUCUGGAGCCGUUCACUGACACACUUCUUCCACUAAUCCAUCAAACGUGGGCUCCCCUGGUCGGUAGAUUUGAGGCAAAUCAGUCACCUCUAAUUAUUCGCACUGCUUUCCAAUUGUUGCAAACGAUGGCCAGAACUGCAAAGGACUUCCUUCUGACUCGUACUAUCAAAGAGGUUUUCCCUCAAUUCUGUAAAUUCCUAAGAAGCUCAGUGUCUGAUAGUAAUUUGAAAGAUCGUGCAUCGGUUUACCGCUUCUCUCAAAAGUAUAAGACACAACUGGCAUUGUUAUCUGGACUUGGUCCACUAGCUUGUCAUCUGACCAUUAGAGGAAAGGAUUUCCACGGCCUUCUCAGUGUUUCCCUACUUUAUUUGAGCUGCUGCCAACCUCACCCUUUACAAGCAGCUGCUGUUACUUUGAUCCAGUGUCUAUACAGUUUAGAUGCUGAUGCAGUUUGGUGGUCUCUAGUCUCCUGGUGGACACCACCUCAUCUUGUGCCAAUCCUUAAGUUGCACCACUCAUCACAACGCCAUGACUGUGAAGAAAACAUCAGGCGCUUGUUGGGCCUCCCAGGGACUCAAACUGAAGACGGCAGAGAGGAAGAUGAGAGAUGAUAAUAGUAUUUAUCUUACUUAAUUAUUAAAUAACCAUGGCUGUGUUUCAACAAUUUAUAAAAAUAAAACCAAAUCCUCUACA